AUGGUUUUUGUGAUUGAGGUUAAGCCUGUCAACUCACGUCUUGCUGGAGUGAAGCGCAAAUUUGAGACACCAAUUGCUGGAGGUGAUGAUGCAGCUGCUUUAGCUACCAUGAGUAAGAAAUCACAUAAGUGGAGCUGUGGUCUGUGUCAAGUGAGUGCCACCUGUGAACAAGGUCUGAAGGACCACCUUAAGGGAAAGAAGCACAAUGCCAAGGAGAAGGCAUCACUGAGAAAUAGUAAAACAUUCAGCGAUAAUUCAGGCGAUUACCUAUUGCCUGAAGAAACCAAGCAGUGUGGUGAACUUUCACUGCCCACUGGCAGCACAAGCCCGAAGCUACACAAUAUUACAGAUGAAAAUCAGGAUACGAAUCCGAAACUGAAGCUGAUGAAGGGUUCGGGGAAGGUGAAUGCGGGGUUGCCAGUAAGGGAAGAGGACAACACAUUUGGCUCGGAGAAUUCAAAUUCCAAAUUCUGGUGUUCAAUUUGUAAAGUUGGAACUACGAGUGAAGCAUCAAUGACGACUCAUCGAAUGGGAAAGAAGCACAUGAACUUGUUGCAGCAAAAUGGUGGUGGUGUCAUAGCCAUAAAAAUGAUGCCUUUUAAUAUUCCGUCUGUUGAUGCACCUAUUGAAACAGCAGCCAAACAGGGAAAGCUGGAUUCAUUUGCUCAUGCAUAUAAGGAAGUAUAUAGGGUUGGAGCUGACUGGGAAGCGGAUGCAAGUAAAGGCGAGUUGUGA